AGUGCUGGACUAGGUUAACAGUGGAUUUACCUUAAACAAAAAGUUUCAAAGUGUUACAUGUAAUUAUAUGAAUCUACAGUAUUCAUGAAAUGUACCACUGAGGUACACAGUACAGGCCUACUGCAUGAUGGCUGAUGUUGACCUGGGAGAUCAUGGUGAACUGCUCACUGCCUGUGCCAAUCAACAUGCCAAUUUUGAUGAUGGAAGCCAGGAGUUGGUGAUUGGUGGUGGCAAUCUGGUGCUGCAGGUUGUAGAUGACAUACCUGCUGAAAGACUCUCCAAGAACUGGAAACUCAAUCAUCUGGAAGCAGCCAUAUAUCUACAAGAGGGUGAAAACAAUGACAAGUUCUACACACACCCAAAGGGCCACGAGGCCCUACCAGCGUACCAGAUCGCCCACAACAAGUGGUUUCACCUCCUUGACUUUGCGGCCUCCAUCUGUGUACUGCUUCUGGCAGCAUGUGAGAGACCUGCUGUGGACCUCAUCAAACUGCCUGUUGGGGUUCACGGUUCCCUGGAGAUUCUCAUGCUAUUGGUACUGUCCCUGGAGUUGGCCAUCAGGAUGAAGUGGCUCAGCUGGCGUGUCUACUUCCGACACCCACGCACCGUCAUUAAGACUGUGAUGUUAAUAAUAAUGCUUGUUGAAGCUGUAACUGUGAUAGUGAGACAACACAACCAUUUCAGAGUGACUAGGGCUAUACGCCCGAUAUUUCUGCUGAACACAUACUAUGGGAGGGGGAUCAGGAGGAUAGCUCGUCAAGUCCUCCAGUCAUUGCCACCUAUAUUUGACAUGCUGGUGCUACUCAUUUUUAUUAUGCUUGUAUUCUCUGUAUUAGGGUUUUAUUUAUUUUCCACUGUGCCAAAUAAUCCAUACUUUGCCACACUUAAGGCCAGUUUUAUAAGUCUCUUCAUCCUGCUCACUACAGCAAAUUAUCCUGAUGUGAUGAUGCCUGCCUACAACAACAGCAGAUACUCAGCGUUGUUCUUCAUUGUUUAUCUUGCUAUAGAGCUCUACUUCAUAAUGAACCUGUUCCUGGCAGUAGUGUACGACACAUUCUCAGGGUUUGACAAGAAAAAACUGAAAAAGCUGCUACUGCAUAAACGAGAAGGGUGUAGAAAGGCGUUCAAACUUCUUGUUAUAAAACAGGACCAAAAUGAAAUCAACCUGCGGUCAUUCCUAGCAUUCCUUGUACACUUUCGCCCCAAACUUUCCCGGCGGGAUGGUUACAUGUUGUUCAAGGCACUGAACAAGAAGAAGAAUGGCAAGUUGAGUAUAGACGAGUUCUACCAUGUAUAUGACUUUGUGGACUGUACUUGGAAGGAGAAGAGUUUACAUGAUGAACUGUGGUCCUCAAAUUUUAGUGAUCCAUGCAGAAUAUAUUUUGAAAAGUUAUAUGCCUUUGUGACCUGGAAAUGGUUUGACUACUUUAUAUACCUGAUGAUAUUUGCAAACUUUGUGUCAAUGAUCGUAGAGACAGUUCAGAUCAACAUGCAGGGCAAGAUCGUCGGCCAGCACUCGUUCACGCUCUCCAGCAUCUCCAUAGCGUUUGUAUGCUUGUAUUGUGUUGAAGCUAUGAUGAAAAUUCUUGGUAAAGGCCCUAAAGAAUAUUUUACAAAUCCAUGGGAUUUAUUUGAUUUCAUGGUGACAGUGUGCAGUUUAGCAGGGGUUCUUGGAGAGACAGUGAACGACAGCUUCUACUAUGUCAUCAUUCUGCGACCAUUAAGACUUCUCAGGCUUUUUAAAGUGAAGAAACGCUACCGAGAUGUGCUGGGUACAUUGUUCAUGUUGAUAAACAGAUUGUCAGGGCUUAUAGUCGUGAUCAUGCUGGUGUACUAUUUCUUUGCUAUUGUUGCCAUGGAGAUGUUUCACAAUGAAGAUCUCACAAACUGUUGUGUGAAUACCAGCGUGGAGGCAAACUAUGUGAAAACCAACACAUCUCAGGGAUAUUACUAUCUCAACAACUUUAACAACAUUUUCUUUGCAGGGGUCACACUGUUUGAGCUCACAGUAAUAAACAACUGGUUUAUAAUCAUGGAUGGAUAUGCUUUCCAUGUGAGUGAGUGGACCAGGAUCUACUUCAUGAUCUUCUACAUUGUCAUGAUGGUGGUGAUGACAAUAGUGGUGGCAUUUGUUCUUGAGUUGUUCCUGUUCCGUAUCGCCUACCGCCGAACCAUGCACCUUGAGGAUAUCGAUGACCACCUGAAGCUGACUGUGGAUAUAGAAUUGAGUUCGGAGGAGCGUGAGAUGUGCGAGAACUCGGACAUGAUCCUCAACAGUAACCACAUCAUCAGCCAGGGAAACUCACGCGAUAUACGUACAUCUGUUGUGUUUCGAGGGGAGCGUACAAGGAGCAAGGAAGAUUUCAGCAUGAGGAUGUAUAAGGAUGAAGUCAAGGGCUGGAUAGAAGAGGAUGAUGCAGAGCGGGCCAGGACCAUUGAGGAUCUGGACAAAAUGAGGAGACACAGCCGACGUUCAACCAACAACUCUAUAAACCUCGCUGUAUGAAAGAACAGAACGAGGCACAUUUGACGUUCAUCCAACAACUCUAUAAACCUCGCUGUAUGAAAGAACAGAACGAGGCACAUUUGACGUUCAUCCAACAACUCUAUAAACCUCGCUGUAUGAAAGAACAGAACGAGGCACAUUUGACGUUCAUCCAACAACUCCAUGAUAUGUUUUGUAUGAAAGAACAGAUAAUGACAAGCACCAAUUCAUUUAAUGAGCAUCGAGAAAAGUGGAAUGGCGGGAUAUGCGUUAACAUGUACAUCAUUAAAGGGAUGACGGUAUUCCAACUCCCAAGAAAACAUUACUUUUUAAAGCUUUAGAUAAAAACAAGCAUGUUUAAACCAAAAAAUUGUGGCAUGAACUGGAUGCAGUUAUUCUAACAACUCCAUAUUUUUUUCCUGCAAUAAAUCUGUCAUGUGAAGAGACAAACAAUCUUUGAGGUCAUCUUUGCAACUAGUUAUUGCUGACUGAUGUUAAGUAUCCUCAGUGUCUACUGAUCUCUCAUUUGCUAGGCUUUGGCCAUCACUUUUAUGUCUUCUAUAUUGAACUUGAGAAUUGUAAUCAAGUGUCUUCUGAUGUUUCUAACAUGAUAAUGCCAGCAAUUUUAUUCCAUUUACAUGACUAAGAAAUACUUUUUAAUAAUUGUGUGCAAUAUACCAUUGUUUUUAUUUUUUAACAAAAUUAUGUGACUUUAAAAUAGUUUUUUGGAUAUUGCGCUCCUAUUAACUGCAAUCAUAAUCCGAUGAAUAUACAGAUAAAGAGUUUCCUUCAGGAUGUCACUCACUUUGCACUGGCCAAAUGUUUAAAUAGAUCAUUGAAUCGCAAUACUAAAACAUUCAGUUCUUAAAUAUGUAUAGAUUAUUCGUCAGGUAUUAAUGGCUGCAGAUCUGGCCCCAAUUUCUCAAACUUCUUAAGUCUCUUAUAACAGGAUUAAGCUAAGCUCACUAUUUUUGCUUUUCAAUAAUUUGCAAAAGAUUUACUUAUACUUUUCAUAGGAAUUAUCUUUAUGGUAAUCACAACUAUUUUUCAUUUAUCAAGUUCAAUAUCAGUAUGUGUUUUGGCUGAUUGAAAUAAGCUGAAGCCUGUUAAGCUUAAGAAGUUUUGAGAAAUUUGGGCCUAGUGCAAUAUUACAUAAGGUGCUUGCAUUUAGUACUAGUUCAUUGGUCUGAGUAAAGUGGCAUUAUAGACUGGUAUCGAGGGUAUCUUAUACUUGGGGACAUUGGCUAUGGAGUGAUGUAAUAUGAUCCAUGAUGUAGAAAAAGAGGAAUAUAAUAUUGUCCUCUAUUAUUCCUUUGUCCAUUAUUUCUCAUUUUAACUCAAUUUAAUUUUUUUCAACCAUACUUGUAAAGUAAGAACAUGCAGACUUUUCUUUUUACAUAAAAUGUUCAUUGAUUUAUUAAUAUGAUACAGGCAGUAUUAUAUGUUAUUUAGCAAUACGUUUCUUAUGUUGUUUUUAAAUGCACAUUCUUGUUCAUACCAUGAUGUCUUCCAGAAAAAUAAAAUAUUUGUUAUGUUAAUGUCAUGUUAUUGUCUACCAGUAGCACAAUGGGAACAAUGUACGUCUAUUGUUAUCCUUACAAGUUAUUUCAAAAUUCAUAAAUCUGCUUAGAUGUCGAUUAAAUCACAGUCAGUA